CUCUACGGCAAUCAUUUCAUAUCGAUGUCAUCGCCAGUAAAGAAAGUAAGAAAACGACGCAAAAUCGUCACAGUUCCAUCGGAAAAGAAAAUUUAUCGCAAAUUAAUAGACCGUGUUUCCUAUUCGUCAUACAAUUGUGAUUUUUGCGACCAAGUAUUCGAAUGCAAACCAUAUUUAAGACAACACAUAAAGAAUGAAUGUAGCCAAAAAGAACCGUUCAGCUGCAAAGGAUGUUGGAGAAAAUACAACAGACUCGACACAUUACAGCGUCAUGAAAAGUAUGAAUGUACUAAUAAUGUUCGAAAAUUCAUUUGUGACCAUUGUGGUUAUAGGGCAAGGCGAAAGACCCACUUGAAUACUCACAUGAUAACUCGACAUUUGAAAGUCGUAAAGGCCAUAGAUAAACCUGACUAUAGCAUUUCAGAUGGCAUUUUCAAGUGUGAUAAUUGUCAAAAAACUUACACACGAAUGGAUACUUUACGACGUCAUUUAUUUUAUGAAUGUGGUACAAAUAGAAAAUUCUCCUGUAAACAGUGUAAUGCAUCGUUCAAACGACAAUACCAUUUAACCUUGCAUGUGAAAAAUCGUCAUUCAGCUAAACAGUUUAUCAAUUGCAGUAAUUGCGAUAAAAUUUUUACUACGCGAAGAGGUUUGGAAUAUCACCGAAAAUCCAGAAACUGCGAAUUGAAGAAAUUGAAUUAUCAAUGUAUUUUUUGUAACUUUCCUGUUAAAAAUAAAUAUGACUUGGACAAUCACCUUAUGAUGCAUGAAAUUGAACAAGCAGAAAAAACAAACUUGCACCAAUGUGAAAUCUGCAAUAAAAUGUUCUCAACCAAAAAAAGUUUUUUGUAUCAUAUGAAGACUUCUUGCAGUAAAGAUGUGAUUUUUGCUUGUCAAGCAUGUGAAUACUCUACAACGUUACAGUUGGAGUUUACUAAACAUUUGGAGAUACAUCAUAGUACCACAUUCGGUUUAAUACACACUCCUAAAGAAACAGUUCAAUUGCAUAAGUGCAUUAAUUGCAGUAAGACUUUCUUGACGCAAAAAGGCUUGAAAAUUCAUUUACACACAUGUAAUCAGAGCAUAAUUCAUUCUUCUGAACAGCAAAGUCAUAUCUUUGACAAAACAUCGAAUGAAGAUAAUAUAAUCAUAUCUGACAAGUCGGCAGAUAUGAUAACUGAAAUAAAAUCAGAGGAGUCGGCGACAAUAGCCGAAUGUCAAAAAUGUGGAAAGGCCUUUACAUCCAUGGAACAUUUUAAUUUGCACCUGAGACAAAAUUGCACAGAAAAUCUGACUUUCUCUCGUGAUCGUUCUCUCGAGUCACAAGUCGAUGAGUUUUACCAGUGUCAAAAAUGUCUGAAAACAUGUGAGAACUUAGACCGCUAUAAAUAUCACGUUAAAUUCAUAUGUGAAAAAGUACCUAAUAUCUUUUGUAAACACUGCACGUAUUUUUGUAAAGUCCAAGAAGAUUUGGAAAAUCAUGUACAAAAUAAGCAUAAUCUUGAUGCCCAAACUAUUUGGAAAAAACAUGAUUAUAUUCCAUUGGAACAUUCCAAUCACGAUGAGGUGAUCUCAGAGCAACAAAAUAAUCUAAAGGAUGCAAGUAUCGAAACUAAAGUAAUACCUAAAGAAAAACCUAAACAUUUGAAACGUGUAAGAUGUAUCAAAAUAAACAUGAAAAAAGUGCAAGAGAAAAAGGAAAAGCAAGAAGGGCAUAUUUCGAAAUUAUUUUGUAAAGAAUGCGCAUUUACAUGCAAGACACAAUUUUUACUUCACAACCACGUCAUGGUGAAACAUAGAAUUCGAAAUGUGUAUGAAAAAAACAGUCAAAAUUAAUUAUAUUCCGGCGAUGAAACUGUGCGUUUUCAAUAUUUUUUUUAUAAAAUAACAAAAAGUAUUUUUCGUUUGUACAAUUAUAGCAAAUAUUGAUAUUAUUUUUUAUCAACAUUCAUGCGAUAGAUGAUUAAAUGUAUUUACGCUUGUAAAAUGUUUAAUUUGUAUUCGCAAGUGUAACGCUGUGUUGAUAAAUUUUAUAUUCCAUUAAGAUCGUUCAAGUUACCGAUAUUCAAGAUCGCUUUAGUAUUCUUAUUCGUUUUGUAUUAUUAGAUUGACAAUGCAAGAGCUGAAAAAAUUGGAACUUCAAAAUGUUCACAUGUUAUAAAAAUCUAUGAUUUUAUAAAAAUGAAGAAUAAAAAUCUACAGAUGAAAGUUUAUUUUGUCAAUAUGUUGUG